CUGGAAAACGGAGAGAUUGCCAGCGAGUUCCGCAACGCCGCCGUUCUCUACCUGGACCUCUGCCAUUACACGCAACUGACUGCGAGCCAGGAGGCGAUCAGGGUGGCUGAGCUCAUACACUCUGUCUUCUCUCAGUUCGACAUGGCGGUGCAGGCCCGCAACGUCUUCAAGAUGGACACCAUAGGAGACGCCUACAUCUGCGCCUGCUGGAUCGACGAGUCCAACCAGCGGCAGGUUUGCCAGCGCAUGGUGGCGCUUGCUCGGGACAUGGUGGAGAUUAUCGACAAUGCUCGCGAGGAAUUUUCCGUCAACAUCGCGUGCAGGAUCGGCAUAGCGACUGGCAAGUGUCUUGCAGGCGCUAUCGGCAAGUUACAGCCGAGGUAUCAGAUAAUGGGGGAGGCGGUAGAGCUGGCGCAUGAGCUGGAGGGAGCGGCAGAGAAGCAGGGGAUCAACGUCAGUGAGCAGGUGAAGCAAAUUCUG